GCGGGCUCGGGGCGGGCCGUUGCAGAGUCUCCGCCCCCACAAUCUUCUCUAGGCGCGGGCCGCCGGGCGGUUUAUAGGGGAGCAGGCUGAGCUGCCUUGGGAGAGAGGAGGGCGCGAGGCGUUGAGACAGGGGAAAGUGACGAGCUGCCCUUCAUUGCCAGCCGGGGAGGAGCACGCGGCCGCUGCCCUACCCAGCUGCCCACGAUCACUCGUCCGCAGAAAUGUCAGCCGCCGGCGCCCGGGGCCUGCGGGCCUCCUACCACCGGGUCCUUGAUAAAGUGGAGCUUCUGCUGCCUGAGAAACUGAGGCCGUUGUACAACCACCCGGCAGGUCCCAAAACAGUAUUUUUCUGGGCCCCAAUUAUGAAAUGGGGGUUGGUGUGUGCUGGAAUGGCUGACAUGGCCAGACCUGCAGAAAAACUCAGCACAGCCCAAUCUGCUGUUUUGAUGGCUACAGGGUUUAUUUGGUCAAGAUACUCACUUGUAAUUAUUCCCAAAAACUGGAGUCUGUUUGCUGUUAAUUUCUUUGUUGGGACAGCAGGAGCCUCUCAGCUCUUUCGUAUUUGGAGAUAUAACCAAGGACUAAAAGCUAAAGCAAACAAAUAAGAGUUCUUGAUCACCCUAACAACCCAGAUGUGGACAUAACCACUGGGACCUAGUUUGAUUUAUUAUUCAGUUGUCAAUGAGGUGAUGCUAACUGUGCUAACGUUUGUAAGGCAUAAAAUCUAACUGUAAUUGGGAGAUAGUACUUGAUUCAACAGAAAAAUAAAGCAAACUUUUAAUAA